AGGCUGGCGCGCGGACUCCGGGGCAGGGAGAGUCGGGGCCCCUCGGCGUCGGGGCGUGGAUCUCCGCCGGAGCCCCGGGCCCUCUUCGUGGAUCCUGGGCAGCGAGGCCCUCCUGGCUGCCUGCCCCACGCCCCGGCGCCCGCGCCCCGGCCCGUCCCUCAGCCCCGGGGUCCACAUCUGGCGGGGGGACCUGCCCUUCUCCGCCCGGGGCCACCCCCCCACCGCCUCCUGGGCCUCCUCGGACGGAGACUCGGCUCCCUAAGCGGGUGCCCGCAGACGUGCUUUAGCCUCCUGUAGAACCCGGCGCUGCCGCCCAGCGACUUGGCCGGGGAACGUGGACAAACCCCCUCCGCCGCUCAGAGCCCGCCAGGUCACCCUCCUCCGUAAACCGAGGUGGGUCACCUUCCUUCGUAAAGCGAGGCGGGGUCUCAGUGAAUCUGUGAGAUGGCAGUGAUGGAGAUUAUGUGCCAAAGUGCACCUGACUCAGAUAUUGGGCACCAGAAGGAGCUUGCCAAGGGAAAGAGCCAGAUUCCAGCCAAGAAGUGCAGCUCUGUCUGCAAGCUUGAAACUGUGGAGAAGAACCGGGUUUUCUGUGGGCAAUGGGAAAUCCUAAACGAUGUAAUCACCAAAGGGACAGCCAAGGAAGGCAUGGAAGGAGGAUCGGCCUCUAUCUCCAUCAUUGCCCAGGCAGAAUGUGAGAACAGCCAAGAGUUCAGUCCCACCUUUUCAGAGAGAAUUUUUAUUGCUGGCUCAAAACAGUACAGCCGAUCUGAUAGUCUAGACCAGAUCCCCAACAAUGUAGCCCAUGCAACAGAGGGGAAAAUGACCCCUGCUUGUUGGAAGGCAAAGCGUCGAAACAAGGCUGGGAAGAAACGAAAGAAGAAAAGUUCCAAGGUGCCAGGCCAGAGGGGUGGACCCUUGGCCAAGCCUCUCCCCAAAACCCCUGAGCAAGAAAGCUGCAUGAUCCCUGUGCAGGAGGAUGAGUCCUCAGGCCCUUAUUUCAGCAACGUCCCUCAGUUCUCCAGCCCUCCAAAGGAGAUGCUCCACAGCCCGCUGGUUUUUGAGAAGGUUGGAGCAGGCCUGCAUUCAGCCCUGAAAACCCACCCUCGAGCUGAACUCCAUAAACUGAUCAGCCCAGUGCAGUGCCUGAACCAUGUGUGGAAACUUCAUCACCCCAAGGACUUCAUCCCCCAACCAGACCUACUGUGCUCUUCCCCCUACAAGAGACUGCCCCAUCCUUUCCCCUUCUCCCCACUUCUUGCUCAAAAGCCCAGACCCUUGGGGACCUUCUUGCUGGGCAACUUGGCCCGUGUAGAUAGCCAGCGCCACGUGUCUGGCCUAGGUCUGGAAACUCCCUGCCCAAAGCAUGGCACGUCUGAGAAGCUUUCCGUGGAGGAAUAUCUCGUGCAUGCCCUGAAAGGGAGUGUGAGUGUGGGUGAGCCCAGGAACCUAACCAGCCUUGCCAAGACCUGGCAGAGAGGAGGGAUGGGUCACCGAGGCCCAGUACCGGAGACAGAAGAAAAUGAAGGGGUCCUGCUCACUGAGAAACUCAAACCAGUGGAUUACGAAUACCAAGAAGAAGUUCACUGGACCAAGAGCCGAGACUGCCUGGGCCGAGGUUCCUUUGGGGAGGUGUACAGAAUGGAAGACAAGCAGACAGGGUUUCAGUGUGCUGUCAAAAAGGUGCAUGUCAGAGUUUUUCGUGCAGAGGAGUUAACGGCAUGUGCUGGACUGACAUCACCCAACUUUGUCCCUUUGUAUGGUGCUGUGAAGGAAGGUCCUUGGAUCAACAUCUUCAUGGAGUUGAUGGAAGGUGGCUCACUGGGUCAGCUGAUAAAACAGAAGGGCUGCCUACCUGAAGACCGAGCUCUUUAUUAUUUGGGACAGGCUUUGGAAGGGCUAGAAUAUCUCCAUACACGAAGGAUUCUCCAUGGAGAUGUGAAAGCUGACAAUGUUCUCUUGUCUGGUGAUGGCAGCCGGGCACUCCUCUGUGACUUUGGCCAUUCCACCAAUUUGCAGCCUGAUGGCUUGGGAAAGUCCUUUCUUACAGGGAACUACAUCCCUGGCACAGAGACCCACAUGGCUCCAGAAGUGGUGAUGGGAAGACGCUGUGACUCAAAGGUAGACAUCUGGAGCAGCUGCUGCAUGAUGCUGCACAUGCUCAAUGGGCGUCACCCUUGGACCCAGUAUUAUAGUCGGCCUCUUUGCCUCAAGAUUGCCAACGAGCCACCACCUGUGAGAGAGAUUCCGCCCUCUUGUACCCCUUUUACUGCUCAAGCCAUCCAGGAGGGACUGGAGAAGGAGCCUGUCCAGAGGGCAUCUGCCACAGAGCUAAGGAGGAAGAUCUGUUUGGCAUUGCAGCAUGUGGGAGGUUUGAAAAGUCCUUGGAGAGGACAAUAUAAGGAACCAAGACAGUUGCCUUCAGACAAAGAGAAUAGUCUAGAAAUACUGGCAUCCUUGUCUUUGCCAAGUGGGCCCAUCCCAGAGGCUCUAGGGCCUGGGCUGGCCAUUGAGGCAGUGGGUUUCACCACCAAACUUCAGCCACCUUUACCACCGGAGCCACCAGAGCAAAAUAAGUUGUUGCCCCUGAGGCUGAGCCAGGAGGAGUCUGGGACCUGGGAGCCUCUGCCCCUUUCUUCCCUGGGCCACGUCCCCACCAGGAGCUGCAGUUCAGGGGAGCGAAAAUCAACCUCUUCAGAUGAGGAACUUCAGCAGCUUGAGAUAGAGUUAUUUCUGAACAGCCUGUCUCAGCCAUACUCCCUAGAGGAACAGGAGCAAAUGCUGUCAUGUCUCAGCAUUGACAGUCUCUCCCUGUCUGAUGCUGGCGAGAAGAACCUGUCCAAGGUUUCUCAGAGCUUACGUGAGAACUUCAGCUCUGGAAUCCACUCGUGGAACAGUCAGGCAGAUGGGCAGAGUUUCAGCUGGAACAACCUACUGGGGCGAAGCCGGCACACAGACAUGCCCAGCUAUUUCAAUGGUGUGAAAAUCCAAAUCCAGUCUCUAAAUGGUGAGCACCUGCAUAUACGAGAGUUCCACCGAGCCAAGGUGGGAGACAUCGCCACAGGAAUCAGCAGCCAGAUCCCUGCCUCUGCAUUCAGCCUGGUGACCAAGGAUGGGCAGCCUGUACACUAUGACAUGGAGGUACCUGACUCGGGCAUCGACCUUCAGUGCACCCUGGCUCCCGACUGCAGCUUCAGUUGGACCUGGAGAGUCAAGCAUGGUCAGCUGGAGAAUAGGCCCUAGCCUGCCUCCCUUCAAGCCCCAGAGCUUGGGAUCCUAGAAAUCAGCCUUGGAGGUCCUAGAAUAAGUACCAGCUUUUGCUUCUACCCGAAGAGAACAAGUGGACUUGGCCUUCUCCAAGAGAUUUGGCAUCUGGCAGUAGGGAAGAAAGUUGGAAACCAGAAAGCUAGGACUUGGAAACUUGUGAUGGUCCACCCAGCAAUCCACCAGUAUGAUGGAGAAGUGGGGAGGGGGGGUUGUUUGUGUUUGUGUGUGUGUGUGUGUGUGUGUGUGUGUGUGUGUGUGUGUGUGUAGUCAUCUUGAGUCCUGACUAAAAUAAACUGGUACGGGCCUUGCUGUGUGUGGAGGAGGAAGACAUUUAAAAUCUUCCUUCCUAGGAAUAGAAAGGAGUUCCCUCUCUUGGCAGAGAAAAGAUGGUGUGGCAUGUUCAGCAGCAGUGAAUCACCUUACAGCAAUAGGGAGAGAACAGCUUUGAAUCUGGAGUUGAAGGGAAAUGUGGGACAGCCACUUUGCCCUGCUUUCCUCCAGCAGGUAGGUGUGAACAGGAUGACUUUCUGGAAGGUGCUUACCUGUUUCCAGUUACAGGAACUGAUGAGGAGGAUGGGGUGCUUCCUUUAGUUAAUGAGGAGGCUGAGGCGUUCCAAUGUUUGCUCCCCUCUGGCUGGGCUGCAUUCCACCUGCUCACCUUCAUGCUGUAAUUAGGACCUUGAUACAAAGUCUUCUCUGGCUCUCUUCCUAUUUAAAAUGAGAGACUUUCAAAUGCGAAGAAAAAAUUCCGUAAAGGCAUAAAUCUCCCGUUACAAUUCUCUUCUCCUUUUUUUUGGGGGGGGGGAGGAGGCAUAUAUAUCUGAGAAGGUAUUUGUGUGACAUGAAUCUUGAUAGAAGCAAGUUUGUCUGAACCCCACAAUGCCUAAUGCAUGUUUUCUAUACUAUGGGCAGGUGGUAAACGGCCUAUUCAAGUCAGGCUGACUAGAGCUUCUGGUCACAACAUGUUUGAGAAGUCCUUUACUGUCCCCGGUAGAGGAGUUAGCAGCAGACUGUUUCAGAGUUCUCUUCAUAGACAGCUGAAUUGGGACUGACUAGGCAUGGGGAGAGAAGCAUGUUUUAUUCCCAGCUCUACCAAUGCUUCUGGGACCUUAGGCACACAGCUCUCCCUUAGUUUUCUCAUAUGUAAAAGUGGUUGCAGGAAUCCUUCGUUUCUAAGGAUGUGAUGAUAAAGUGAGAUAAUCGAUAUGAAAGCACUUUGCGAAGUGCAGUACCCCCCAAAAUGCCAGCUCUUAUUAGUUCUAACUGCCACGUCCAGCCAGACCAGAACCUCAGCCCCUUGAUUUCAUUCACGUGUCAAGUGUCCCACUCAGCAGGGAUCCAGUGGGGCAGAUCGAGGUACUGAGGCGCCUUUGCCAGCAUGGGCCAACAGAGGAGUCCCCAUCCGCGUCCCUGCUGAGCACUGACAGCAGCACUUUGGGUCCUCGUGCAGCUUCUUUUCUCAAAGCACUUUGGCAGCUUUGCUGCCCCCUUUGAGGGCAAGUCAGUCUCCUUGUGUCCUCCACCUUUUAUUUUUACACAUAAGCAGAUGAUUGUCAAAUCUGAGAAGACAGAACUCACAGAUUCCCCACCUGCCUGGGAGAGGGGCUGAAAGGACUUUAGUCUUUGUCAGGGGCAGAGCAAGGCCUAAGCACUGACCUCCUGGCUCCUGCCUCCUUCCCAUUCUGAUCACUGUACCCUCGCCGUGUAGCAUUAAGCCAACUGUGAACUGUUUACGUUUAGGAGGAGGGACAGUCGUGACACCACCAGCCCCAUAGCUAAUCUGGGAUGGGAGUCUUCUUGCCCUGGCCUCCUCCCUUGGGUCUUUCGUUAUAUAGAUGGGUCCAUCAAAGGAUACCGAGCCCCCUCCAAAGGCUGUGGCGUGGCUGUGUUCCCACCAGAACUUUCCAUGUCAUCAUGGGCAUAGGAGUCGAGGUGAAUCAAGUUUAGGGGUCUGAGAGCCCCAAAGCCUGACGGGUGGAUUGGAUGAGCAGCAGCGUGUUCCAGUGGAAAGUUUGGAGUCAGACGACCUCUUUUCAAAUCCUGUCUUUGCCCCUUGUAUGACCCUGUGCAAGUCCCUUAGGCUCUCUGACCUUCGGCUUCCUCAUCUGUAAAGAGGAAGUUGGACUAAAAGACAGCCUAAGGUCCCUUCCAGGUCUAAAUCUGUGGUCCAGACAUGUGAAGGACAUCUUAAGGUCCCUUAAGAUGGUUGCUCCAAGUGUGGGGGGAGCAGAAGCACAUUGUGAGGGCCCAGAUUUCUCCAGUCAUUCCACCUGAGAGCAGCCACUGAGAACCCUGAAUGCCAAUAGACACUUGGGGUGGAGCCACAGCUGCCCAGUCAAGGACAGAUGUUUCACCAAACACUGGAGAAUGAGUCCCUCCUUGCACCACCAUCAGUACCAACAAAGAUGGACUGAUUUUGCGAGUUGGAUUGUAAAUGUUGCCUUUUUUAAAAAAAAAAUAAAGUUUGGAAUGAUGAUUAUUUUCCUAAACAAGUGUGUCUCCUCUUCUAUUGUACAUGAGGCCUUGUUGCUCCUCUUGGCAGCUGACCUGAAGCCUCCUUUGACCUUUGGGUGGAGUCUUUCUAGCCUAUUCCCUGAUUUCAUGCGAGGGCUGUUUUCAGAGGCUUUAGGUUGUGCCCUCCCCAACUUCUACAACAGAGUGGAGAGGUCCAUG